ACUGGUUGUGUGUCACGCGGUCACGCUACACGCUCUCUCUUUUUACUUUCGAUUUCUACUUCCUCCUACUGUGGGCUUGUUAUGAAAGCCCUGAGCUGCGGGGUCCGUGAACUUGUUGUUAAAUAUCCUCAGCAUAUGUCAGCCUAUGUUUAUGAGUAGUUAGAUAACCGCCUGCAGAACUUUAUUAUGCUGUGAACUAAUAUCCUGCUCGGUCAGACCUUCUGAGAACUCCACACAGCGCACAGAAUGGAUUUCCAGAGGUUGCUGUUAGAAGUAGGGAAGGCCCUGAGCAAGGACGAGGUGAAAGCUUUAGCGUUCCUUUGCACUGACCUCCUGGGCCGAAACCCGACCUCAGUGGAGUUGGCCAGUCACCUCUUCUCUCGCCUGGGGGAUCAAGACCACCUCUCUGCUGAGCAGCCACACCUGCUGACUGAGCUCCUCCUCAUCAUCCAGCGCACCCGUCUGAUCCGUGACCUGGGGCUCUCCGACCGACCAACCACAAGCCUCAUCUCUCCUUACAGGAAGCUGCUCUACAACCUGUCUGAGGAGAUUACUGAUGAUGACUUGAAACAAGUGAAGUUCUUGCUUGCCAAAAUGCUGCCGCGUAGGAAACUGGUGGAAAAUGUUACUACCCUGGAGGUCUUCCUGGAGAUGGAGCACAUGGACCUCAUCAAUGACACUAAUCUAAACUUGCUGGAGACCAUAAUUGAGUCAGUGUGUCCCAUGCUGAAAGAAAAGAUAAUCCAGUUUAAAGCACAGCAGGUAACUCACACUGGCCCUAUCGCUGAGGAAACAAGCCGACCAAGGUCUGUGUCGUACCCUUUUGAUCCAAGCCAGGACCCUCAGCCUUUAGAUCCUGAGAGGACUGCCUCACGUGAACUGCCAGAACUGUUGCCCGAGCCGAGCAUGAAUAUGUCCAACACCUCUAUGGAUGUGCCAAAUGCGUUUCAGGGUGGAGAUGAGUGUGAGGGCCUGUCACACACACUGAGUGGUUUGAACACUCAAACAGUAAGCUGCCCCCCCUUGAAAGGUCAUAUGAGAAUUGAUGUUGUGGAAAUGCCAUCUCAAGUAAACAAGGCCUCCCCUGAAAAGCAGACACCUCAGACUAAAAACACAAACACUGAGGAUUUAGGAAUAUAUCCCAUGACUGCAUCAAAGAGAGGUGUCUGCUUGAUAAUUAACAACUACGACUUCUCUAACUCCAUACAAAAUCUCGGGAAGCGGGAGGGGACCAUGCUUGAUGAAGAGUGUCUGCACAAAGUGUUUAAGUGGCUCGGCUUUGAGGUAGAGAUACAGAGGGACUGUAAGAGGGAGCAGUUGCUGUCUGCGAUGCAGGAGCUCGGCAGCAGAAACCACAGUCAGAUGGACUGUCUGGUGUGCUGCAUCCUCAGCCACGGCAAGGAGGGAAGUGUGUACGGUGUGGAUGGCUACACUGUCAAGAUCAAGGAUCUGAAGGAACCUGUCAAUGCACUGAGGUGCGUCUCUUUGGCAGAAAAACCCAAGAUGUUUUUCAUCCAGGCCUGCCAGGGCACCAGCGAGCAGAGGGCUGUCCGCAUCAAGGCUGAUGGUCCUGCACGCACUUCUGUUUGCAGCGAUGCUGUUAAAGCCAACGAGUCUAUCCCAUGUGAUGCAGAUUUCCUGCUAGGAAUGGCCACCGUUCCUUCUUAUGUCUCUUUCAGAGAGAGGAGUAAUGGCGCAUGGUUUAUUCAGUCAUUGUGCCAAAACCUCGUCAAGAUGGUGCCAAGGGGUUGUGACCUUGUGUCCAUCCUGACCAAAGUGAAUGCAGAUGUUAGCCAGAAAACAGAUUCCUACGGUGUCAAAAAGCAGAUGCCUCAACCAGCUUUCUCACUCAGGAAGAAGGUGGUCUUUCCGAUCCCCAAUGCUCCUCCCCCCAGCCUGUCGCAGUGAUGACAGCGAUCUGACGCCUGUUUGAUCCACUCAUUCAUCAGAGACUCAUCCCUGUGUUUAUGUCAGACAUCCUUUUUUCAUCCAUUUUAAAUCUGCUGGAUUUCAACAGUAUUUUCAUGACGACAUCUGGAACAGCUCCGUUCAUUUGAGAUGUGGUUUACUGUAAGUCAUGUAAAUGGUUGGAAGUAGAUAAAUUUGUCAGAAUAUUUAAUUUUUAUACCAGGUAUGAUACGUACAGUUCAACUCCAUUCCUCUGCUUAAAGCAAUACAUUUUUAUGAGACGUUUAAUGUUGAAUUUUAAUGAAUUGGUUGAGCUACAGCAGUCAUGCACAUCAGCCCAGGACUAAAUACAAUGUGCAUCUCUUUAUCUUCUUUCUAUUAUGUGUUAUUUAAAUGUACCUUUAGACAUGGUUAUUGAACAGACGUAAUUAACUAAAUACUUCUGGUACAAGCACUGUGUAGGCAAGUGUCCUCUCCCAAAUAUGAUUGUAUUUUUGCCACCAGCCUCGCUUCAUUUGAUUUUAUACAUGCAGUUAUUACACAUCAGAAAUCUAUGAAGCAGUUGAAUUUUCUAUCAGUGAGACAAUAAAUUUUAUACACCCGCCAUUGUGGAAA